AUGGCUAAGCUAGAACUAGUUAAAGUCGACACAGACACAGCUAAGAUUUACAAUCCAAAGAACAGUUUUGUGUUUAAGUUAACAUUUAACAACCAGGAGUAUCUGAAUGAUGAUGUUGAAUUUGAGAUAAUUUACUUUGGAGAUGCAUACUCUGAUAAUCAUGACCAGAAAAUAUGCCACAAUGUGAUAGGACCUCUUGAAGCUGGAAAGCUCUACUUUGAGCUGGAGACAUCGCCUAUUGAUCUCACAAAGAUACCUAUCAAAACACUUUUUGGUCUUACAACGAUUUUGAUUGUGGGAAAGUUCAAGGGAGAGCAGUUUAUUAGAAUAGGAUUUGUGGUUGACGUUAGAUAUCCCGGCAUAAAUUCUGAGAAAUUAGUUGAUAGUGAUGAUGUAGCUAUUACUGGAGAUGUUGAAGACGAUGAGGGAUAUGAGGAUGAGGAGAUGGCUGAGGAAGAUAGCUCUGAUAAUGAUAUCGUUGAAGAUGAAGAUUCUGAAGAUGAGGAAGUCGAAAUCAUGGACGAUGAAGAACUUGAUGAGUACGAAGAAGAUGAGGGAUAUAAUGCAGAGUGUGAUGAAAAAGGAUCUAGUGCAGAUGAGGAGCUGGAAGAUGCGCUUGCCGAGGCUAUCAUGCCUACUAAAAAACGUGAGUCCAUCCCACUAGAAACCCCAAUUGUUCCUGGGAAGGAUGAGUUUGAGUACAAAGGAUUCGCUAUGAAGCAAAGCCUGAUUGAACUGACACUGCUUGAUAAGCCUAUUAUUCAUGUUUUUGACAUUGACUGGGGCACUAGCAAUAAACCCCAGGGUGACAUUGCAGAAUCUUCCGAAAAUGAAGAUAAUGCAAGUGAUUUCAAAAGAGACUCAGAACAGACUGUCAAAAAGACCAAGACUCAGUAA